AUGGAUAUCAACGACGAAACAGACUGGUAUCCAGUGCUCAGUUCUUCCCUUAAAAAGACUUCUAAAGGAAACACAGACACUUCUGAAAAGUACCCAUCUCCCAGAGGAUUUCAAGAAAAUUCCGCUUCUUUCCGAAAGGCGAAUAAAGAACAGUCUUCUUUCGAUGUAUCCGUCGACACCGAAAAACAAAAUGCUGAAAAGGCCCUUGUAAUAAAAAAAGCAUGGGAGCUUGCAUACUCUCCUCUUAAACAAAUCCCGAUGAAUAUAAUCUUCGCUUACAUGUCCGGUAACUCUUUGCAAAUUUUCAGUAUCAUCACUACAUUUAUGUUGUUUUUAAACCCAUUAAAAGCAAUAUCUUCUUCUGGUGAUGCGUUUGCAUCUUUUCGUUCUGUUCAUCCCAACGCCAUGUGGCUGCCGAUGAUAGUUUACAUCCUUUCACAAUGCUUACUUAUGGCCAUUGGUAUUUACAAGCUACAGAAAAUGGGUCUAUUACCUACCACAAAUAGUGAUUGGCUUGCUUGGGAGGUUCCCAAACAUUUCGUUGGGCGCUCUUUUCAUCCUUCCAAGUAA